GAGCGCCCCCAGUCCCCUUUGCUAUCCCGCUCGUCAUUUCUUUUUCUUUCGUCCCUACCCAUUCCCUUUACAACAAAGCUCGGCCCCCUCUAACUAUAUUCCGCCUUCGAAUAGUUCUCUCUACGCCUUUCAACUAAUAUCGUCCAUCGUUUUGCCUUAUCGUCAAUGCCUCCUGUUGCAAAACCUCCGUCAACGAAGAAAGCGCCCAAGGCGAAAGGAGCAGUGCGCGCUAAGUCUGGAUGCUACACGUGUAGAAUUCGUCGAAAAAAAUGUGAUGAGCGACCUGAUGACCAAGGUCGUUGUGAGACGUGUGUGCGGCUGAGGCUUCAAUGCCUUGGUUUUGGUGCUAAACGUCCCGACUGGCUCAGGGAGAGCAGCAAUGUUAGCGACAUCAGAGGAAAGAUCAAGCAGUUUCUUGCUUCACAAGGCAUGAUCAAAGGGCACUCGGGCCCUAGUUCACGCACCGCCCCACCCAGCGAAGAGCAAACAGAAGAACGAGUGACACUCAAGCUCGCCAGCGAAGGUUACCCCAGCUCUGCGUCCGAAAGCCCACCAAACAACCUCCUCGUCCUCUCCAACGGCGAAGACAUCCGGCAUAGCCAGGUGUCCAACGUUCGUGGCGAGGAGGGUCCAUGGGGCAGUCCUUCUUUCCCAAAUGGUACUGCAAACUACGACACCCAACCCAUACUUCAUCACUCUCCCCAAGCCAACAGGCAGGAAUCACCACCGUUUUAUCCCCAAGAACCCGCUUAUGAUCCUUCCUUGAUGAAUCAUAAUUCUACUACUUUAGCACCUUGGCCACCACCACCAACACCGAUCGACACCGCAUUGAUACCGAUACACGCCAGCUCGUAUGGAACUUCAUAUUCCUAUACUCCAGUUGACGACGAGAUGUUUCCCUCCAUGGCGACGUUUGGAAGCGCCAGUUCGGAAAACCCAAACUCUCCAACGAAUGUUUUGCUCCCGACAUGCAUUUAUGGUCAUGGCGCCACAGACGAGUGGACACUACAUUACAGAACCGUCAUUAUCGAAAAACAAUACCAACUCGCCAACGAUCCGAUUAUGAAGGUCGUCUUGGAGAGUGUACAAUCUGGAACGGCUCGUUCUGCCGCCCAGUUGCUAGCUCUCGUUCACUUUGAACGUGUGACUAGCGCGAAGAGACCGUACUUGGAGGCACUACCUGCGUUGAAGAACCUCGAGAUCUCGAACCGCUAUAAACAGCUGAAGGAGGUUCUGAACAAGGAACAUCACGAUUACAACGAUGCGGUGGGAGCACUCAACGUCAUCUCUGCCUUCUUGUUUGACGGCGGAUGUGGUGAUUGGCACGAGUGGCUGAAGAUUGCUGUUGGUCAAAGCCGGGAGAUCUUGAGCAAUACGAGGUUCCUCAGCUACAAGGACGCAUUGGCGAACUGUACGGGGCUUGAGCAGUUUAUUGUAAAGACGACGAUAUGGUUCGACGUUUUGGCAUCUGUGACGACGAUGGAGCCUCCUGCGUUGUCGGAUGUUAUUCAGGAUCUGUUUGAUCCUAGCAAGACGAGUAGCAUCCAUGACCUCUCGUCGAACGAGCACGCUGAGGCUCUUUCGAUGAUGACCGUCAUGGGAUGCGAAGGACGAAUCAUCUGGGCGCUCGCUCGUAUUUCGAGUCUCGCUAAAAGCAAGGACGAGCUCCUCAGUCGAGGGGCGUUGGACACCACAGCGCUUGUUCAGCGUGCGAGUUUGAUCGAAGCUCACCUCCGUCCACCCGACGCCUCCCUUUUCGCAAGCGAACUUCCGCACCGACAGUUGGUGUCUGAAGUGUUCCGUAACGCUGCUCGGCUUUAUUUGUUCACCGUUUUGCACGGUGAUUAUCCGAAUGUCCGACCGAUCUCUGAAGCUGUGGAAGCUACGUCUGCCGCGUUACAGCAGAGUCUGUCUCUCGACUUGAAAGAUAGACGGAUCGUCAUUCGGAGUACGGUCUUUGCCCUGUUCAUGUGUGGAUGUCUCUGUAGGGACAAGGAGACACAGAGACGAAAGUUUGAUCUGCUGAUGGCUGGUCAAGAAGCUGGAAGAGUACCUGUCGGCGACAAUAAUGAGUAUGGGAAUUACAAGGGUGUGUUGAACGUGAUUGAGCAAGUUUGGGCUGUUCGUGCGCGUUCUCCGCAGAGGGAAUCUGUACCUUGGAGACGCAUGUUGUGGGAAAGUAAACUUUUACUCGUUUAAAUGCCCCCCCCCCACCCCCUACCACCGUUGGGGGGUGAGUCAUGCAAACGGUUACAUUUUUCGGUUCUUAUUCAUAAUCCCUUUCAGUUUCUCUUUUCCCCAUUGCACUAUUGGUUUUAAAGUUCAUGCCCAUCUGUCUUCUCUCCUCCGAUAUGGUACUAAUACUUGAAUACUUCUGUGAAUCAAUCCGAAUAUAGGGUGCCACGCGUACAUAUAUGAUCUGUCUUGCUCUGCUUGUUGUCUUCCUUGCUUUCGGACUUGUAUAUCGGUUCUGUACACA